AGAGGAUACAAUGCUGACCGAAGAGGGACUGCAACUGCUAAGUGCAACCCCAUUGAGACGGUUUACCAAAUCGAAAUUUGACCUAGAGAAGAUCAAAGCGGAUAUCGAGGCGGCGAACAAAGUCAUGUUACAGCUAUUGGAAACUGUGUCAAUGGGUCUUCGCGAGCCAACAUUCGUACGGUUCUAUUGGAACUCGGUCUUUCUUCUUAUUCCGCAGGUGAUACGUGCCCGCAUGGACAGAGCUCAUGAAUACGGCGUCCCCAGCCAAGAUAUUUUCGACAAUAUCUGGGAACCGACGAUAGACAUGUUGUUGGGAGCAGAGCGAUUCGGUCUCCGAGACGGUCAUGAAAAACUGCUUUAUCGAGAUAUUUAUGGACCCUUCGUUCACUGGGAGCCCGUGCGAAACCCCGGCCUGGCAACUUGUGAGUUCCUGGACCGACUGGCCAUGGCACGGGAUGAUCUAUGGCGCGACUACCGGGCUAAAGUGCGACCUGCAGUCACCGCUUUGCCGAAACCCUGGCCUCGGGGACUGGCCAUCCAGCAGCUCCUGCCAGAUCUCAAAGGACAGUUGCACAUGCCGUAUCUGGAAUCUCGUGUCAAAGACACCGUUUUCGCUGAUGGAGCGUUGGCUCUGUCGCCGCCACCAAGCGACGAUGAAACUUGUGAAGCCAUCGGACCGUUCGUUGACGACUACGACUAUGCACUUAAGCAUUACCUCACCACAAAUGCAAGCGAAUUCAAGACCCGCGUUCAUGCGGCUUGGAACCACGCUCUCGAUAAACUUAAUGGGUCGAGAAUGUCGACCGAAGAGGCAACAAGAUUCUGGAGGACUAAAUUCCGAAGAGCGGUACAAGGAACAGACACAUCUCUCCCGGACGACAUCGCACCAUCGUACAAGAAACUACGGUUGACGCUGCCUUCGGAUGAUGGCACCGCAAACCCUACCGAAUGGAACCCCGUUCCAAUUGAGAAGACAGUGCCAAUCGAACGGAGGCAACUUCCAGAGUGCAUUUUGGACUGCAUGCUCAACUGCAUAUCGAGCAAAUGGUCAAGUCCUACCAUCGAUUCAGCGUUCUCCUCAGAGAGAAAGUCGUGGACCGCGGAAGAUGACUAUCCAUUGAUUCUUUGGGAUGAUUGUUCUUCCCGUCUAUUCCCACGAGGGGCGGGAGAUGCGCUUGCAGCUGCGGCGAUUGCGUAUAUCAACACGAAGUACGGCUCAGAUGCCUCCCUACUGCUAUACCCCUUCCCUUCGAAAGAUGAUCUUAGGUUUCCGGCUUUGUACCUCGAUCAAGACUUCCUGGAACGGGUUAGCAAAAUAACCGACGUAUCACAGCCACUGGAAAGCAUCAAAAUGCUGUCAUGUGUCAUGCCUGUUCAGUUUCUUGUGCAAUUAGCCAGAUCUUUGAUGACGCGUCUUGCCAAAAAUGAGACAGAUGACCCUGAUGUACGCCAGGCAACCAUGGCUGUGACCAAGUGUGUAACUCGCGGUGACCGGCCUGUACUUGCUUGCGAGUUGGUGCAGCAGGUCGUGCUGGGCCAGCAGGAUGACAGCUCAUGGCACAGACACUUGUUUAGCAUUCGCUUUUUGCGGCGUCUAUCAGCGAGAGAAGCACAUAGUUUCUUCGAUGGACUGUCGUCUCGCGUUGAGGAGGCUUCGCAGAAACUCGCCCAGGAGCAAGCUAAGAAACGAGCAGCAAAAGCCGCUCAGCCGCAAGUUCCGAGUCAAAAAACAUCAACUGGUCUCCCAUCAGCGGCAUCUGACGACGCGUCACAGUAUUUCCAGCCAGUAGUCAAGGUGACGACUGUCAAGAUGAUCGUGCAGAUGCUGAGCAGGGCCAAUUUUCUCGAUCAGCAAUUUGCGUGUAACAUCUUGGUCCGAUUGCUGAAAUGUGCGUCUCAUGCUGAUAUCCGCGUCGCUAUCGUCGAGAGCUUGCUGGAAAUUCUUGCAGACAACACAGACCAAAACCUCGAAUCGACUGUUUUUGAUGUGCUAGAGGAGUAUGUAACUCCCUUGGCGGCGUCCAUGAACGAACGACGCCCAACUACCGAAGAGGAGUGGACAGCAGCAGAGGCUGGUGAUGCUCCUCUACCAGCGGUGGCUGAAGAGACACCUAUUCUAAAUCUUCUUAUGUCCGCUCUGAACAAGUGGAAGCCCAAUUCUCCCCGACGCCAGCAAUUUUUGAAGCGUAUACUGGAACCUACAAUUGUCGAAUCAGGACACAAUAAUCGUCGAUGGAAUGCAAUAUUCAUUCAGCGGCAUGGAUUUAAUAUUUCCGUCAAUUAUUUACCGACGAUCCCCGCGGUGCCUAGCCUGUUUUUGCAGCACUUCCAGUCAGAGGCUGAAUGCUGGACUCGCGCGAAUCUCGAGGUUGCCAAACAAUUCGCCGCGGUCAACCUGUGUCCAAGCGAUAGCUUAGUUGCAACCAACGAGGCUGUUCGGAAUGAUCCGGAACUGUUGAGAUCUAACGCUGGUAAACAUUGGCUGUCACUAUGGUCGAAUCCGGGUAGCGAAGCUUUCCCUCUAGGGAUAAACCAAGCUGCCAACAUUCUUGCGAGACUAGUGCCCUCGCCGGAGAAAGGUCGUUUAUCAGUCCUGGAGAUACAAGACUUCCUCCUCCAAUGGGUUGAAUACUUUCUGAUGGGGUCACGAACUCCUGAGCUUAACGAACUGCUUUCUCACUUGAUUCCCGGUCGUUCCAAGUCCUACCCUAAGACAAUCUGGCUUACGAACUGUCUCCCAGUUCUUCAGCACGUCCUCACGCGCGUGCAGAGUCUUCGUACGGAUGAAUGGCAGUGCGAUACCAACCGUGAACCUGCAACCCUUCCCGAUACCUUGUCCCUGAAACUUAAGAUCUUCAAAGAAAAGCACACAACUAGCAAGCCUAACUCACAUUGGGAAAGCCAUAUCAGAACCAUGGUCGCAGAUGCUUCAUCCCUGUUAGACGAACUCCUUGCGGAAGACGCGCCUUACCAUGAAAAUUGGCCCAAGUUCAAGAACUAUAUGAACAUCGCCCCGCGGGAACAUCACGUCCGCGUUGCACUUGAAUUUACGACACCGGAGAUAAGCGGAAAGACAAAGAUUGGGCUGAAAGAGUACCUCAAGAUUGAAAUUGCUGACGAGCUACUCCAGUCGGGAUCAGACCCCAAUGAUAACGAGGUCGUGACGAGGGCUCAUCAAUUGCUACAUGCGUGGUUGGGCAGUCCGGUGGAGAGGAUCAGAUUGCGGGGAGAGGCCACUUCGAAUCUCUUAGAGACUAGGGCUAAGAGUCGGAAUGGUUGGUUUCAAUAAGUGAUGGAGUCAAGUGGUUGCAACUGGACCAGCCGAUUAUACAUACGAAUGCACCUAACUUUGCCCGAAUUGCACUUAAUGUCACCAUACCAUUGUACCAUGCUUCCUUGUGGUCUUUUCGUUGGAUCUGAAAUUAUAGAAAAUUUCUGUAAAAGCAUAUGGAGCUUGUGCUGCAAAUGACGAUAUAGCUUUCGGAAAGAGUUGUACUAUCCCUGUG